GACGGGGAGAGGCAGCAGGAGAGCAGGGCACCGCCAGGCGCCCACUGGUAGGCGACGAGGUGUGGGAGCCAGGGAGCAGCUGCAGGGCCCGGGCGCACUGGCUCAGGCUGAGCUCUGCUGGCUUCAGGCCCCUGGCCUAGGGGAACCCAGCCAGAGCCCACUCCACGCACAAGCACCUUCAGCUUAACCCUUCGGAGGCCAGACUGUCAUGGCUGGUGGGAGCAGCGCGUUAAGCUGCUUGGCACAUGCCCUGCACACGCGCAGGCGGCAGGCUUGUUUCCUCAUCGGAAGGCGAACCCUGGCGGUUUGAGUCUCCGACAGCCAAGCCCUGCGCUGCAGAGAUGAAGCUGGAGCAUGGAUCCGCAAAGCUCUAACCUGACCAGAAUCCCCUUUCCCACCACCUCGGCCUUAGUAUUUCCUUCUUCCUGCCCCCGUCGGUGCCCAGGACCGUUACCAUGGAGAAUGAGCAGCUGCAGGUCCCACCUCCCUCCAGCAGCACCGCCAGCAGCAGCAGCAGCAGCAGCGGGCGCCAGCCGGGGGCCCAGAUCUCCGUGUACAGCGGGAUCCCAGACCGCCAGACUGUCCAGGUGAUCCAGCAGGCCCUGCACCGGCAGCCCAGCACGGCGGCGCAGUACCUGCAGCAGAUGUACGCCGCACAGCAGCAGCACCUCAUGCUGCAGACGGCCGCCCUGCAGCAGCAGCAGCUCAGCAGCGCCCAGCUCCAGAGCCUGGCGGCCGUGCAGCAGGCGAGUCUGGCUGCUAACAGGCAGGGUGGCUCCUCCGGCAGCAAUGCCCCUUCACAGACGUCAUCCCAGCAGCCCACGAUAAACCUGGCCACGUCCCCUGCCGCCGCCCAGCUGAUCAACCGAGCUCAGAGCGUGAACUCUGCAGCCGCCUCAGGCAUCGCCCAGCAGGCUGUGCUCCUGGGGAAUGCCACCUCCCCCGCCCUGACGGCCAGCCAGGCCCAGAUGUACCUCCGGGCCCAGAUGGCCCAGCAAAGUAACCUUGUGCAAGUAGCUAGGAGCCUAGGCCGUGCUGUUCCUUUAUCCCCCCAGCUCAUCUUCACUCCUACGGCCACAGUCACCGCGGUGCAGCCCGAGGGCAGCGCAGCCCCCACCUCCCAGCCAUCCACCACCACUGCUCAGGUCCAGAAUUUGGCCAUAAGAGCCCAGCAGACUGUAGCACAAGGAGUGGCUUCCUCCCAAGCCCAGCAACUCCCCACCCUGGCCAUGAAGCCGGCUCUAAGUAGCAGCCAGCUGGCUUCCAACACUUCUCAGGGCAAGGCCGCGGGGCCGGCUCCCUCUGCAGGCGCCAAGGGCAGCCAGGCUGAGCAGGCAGCAGAGCACCUUAAAAAGGGAGAUGGCGGCAUGCCCACCAGCAUGGACAACCGCGGGCACCCCAUGAGCCGGACAGUGACACCGGUGACCACCCACCCGCUCAUUGCCCCAGCCUACGCCCAGCUGCAGCCCCACCAGCUCGUUCAGCAGCAGAAGCAGAUCCAGCACCAGUUUGUGAUCCAGCAGCAGCAGCUCCAGCCCAGGUCUCAGCCUCAGCUCAUCCAGGGCGGUGCCAACACCUCACCCCAGCUGCAACCACUGCCCCCGCCCACACCUAGCCUGGCGGUGCAGCCCAGCUUGCAGGUGCAGGGCCAGAGCCACACCGCCCCACAGGGCCCAGCCCCUCUAUCCCACCCACCGCAGUGCCAGGCUUCCAGUCAACACAAGCCGAGUGCCAACCAGCCAUACCAGCCUGCUCUGCACGCCCCUGGGCUCCAAGCCGUGGGCCCAGCCCAGCCAGCGCCUGAGGGCGGGCCUCAGAACGGACACCCCGGAUGCCUGAACCAUGCCACUCAUCGCAAGUUCCAGCAUGCCUCAGCUGUGAUCCUGCAGCUCCAGCCAGCCAUCGGGACGCCUCAGCUCAGCAUCCAGGAGAAUGCCAGGAAAGACGUCCUUCCUGCUGAUAAGAACCCGGAAAGCCUGCCAGCUCAGCUGCCACCACCGCCGCAGGCUGCCCUGAUGCCCCCAGCUGCACCCCCGGACCCAGAGGUCUCUGAGGGCAACAGGCCCCCUACUCAUGAGCCGGGACAGGACCGUGUUCACGCGCAGAACGACCCCAGCAGCCCCGGCAUGACCUCAGGGAACGGGAACUCUGCCUCUACUGUUGCUGGUACUGCCCCCCAGAAUGGUGAGAAUAAACCACCACAGGCCAUUGUGAAACCACAAGUCCUGACGCAUGUUAUCGAAGGGUUUGUGAUCCAGGAGGGGGCAGAGCCGUUCCCGGUGGGGCGCUCUUCACUGCUCGUGGGGAAUCUCAAGAAGAAGUAUGCCCAGGGCCUUUUGGCCGAGAAACUCCCACAGCAGGACAAUACAACCACCACUGACUCUGAAAUGGAGGAGCCCUAUCUGCAAGAAUCCAAAGAGGAAGGGAACCCCCCGAAGCUGAAGUGUGAGCUCUGCGGCCGCGUUGACUUCGCCUACAAGUUCAAGAGGUCCAAACGCUUCUGCUCCAUGGCCUGUGCCAAGAGGUACAACGUGGGGUGCACGAAGCGGGUGGGUCUCUUCCACCCUGACCGCAGCAAGCUCCAGAAACCGGGGGCGGCCGCACACGGGCGCCGUCGCACCUGCAAGGGGGCCCUGCCCGCCCUCAGCAAGGACACCAAGAAACAGACGCCAGUGUCCCUCUCCACGGGCUCGGUGCCGCUCUCCGUCACAGCCUCGCUCCAGCUCAACCGCAGCCAGGAGGAUUCCAGCCGCUGCUCCGAUAACUCGAGCUACGAGGAGCCACUCUCGCCCCUCUCGGCCAGCUCAUCCACCUCACGCCGGCGGCAGGGCGAGCGUGACCUGGAGCUGCCCGACAUGCACAUGCGGGACCUUGUGGGCAUUGGGCACCACUUCCUGCCCAGCGAGCCCACCAAGUGGAAUGUGGAGGAUGUCUAUGAAUUCAUUCGCUCCUUGCCAGGGUGCCAGGAGAUCGCGGAGGAGUUCCGCGCCCAGGAGAUCGACGGGCAGGCCCUGCUGCUACUGAAGGAGGAUCACCUCAUGAGCGCCAUGAACAUCAAGCUGGGCCCAGCGCUGAAGAUCUACGCCCGCAUCAGCAUGCUCAAGGACUCCUAGAGGCGCCCGCAUGCAUGGCACGGGCAGCCCACCUAGCCGCUCCCACGCAGGGCAGAGGCACCUGCCCACGGAAGCCCUUUGGGAACAGGCUGUAGCUGUCGCUAGGAGCUGGGGGGACAGCACUGGGCCCAUGAGCUCCCUGCUGCCUGGAGCACAAAGGGCCCCUGAAUCCCACAGCUGGGGUCUGAUGCCUGGAUAUCCCUGUCGUCCCACCUCCUUGCUGGGGGCGGGAGGCUAUGGCUUGCGGGGCUAUACGUAUUCUGUAGCAUUAGCUUCCCCUACUGCUGUCCCAGACUGCCCCGCGGUGUACAGGGGAGAGGGGAUCCUGGCAGCAGGGCAGGAUGGGGCUGUUCAAGGGGCAGUGGCCCCCAUGGCCAGGUGCUGGCUGGCAGUAGUCAGGGCUGGGCUGAUUCCCCUCUACCCACCUAGAUGUGUGAUCUACAGGAGCCCCACUCCCCUCUCUAGCCCCUCUGGCACCCCCGGUCACCCCCCAGAACUGCAGACUCGCCACCCCCUGGAGAGGCUGAGGGACACGUGCUGGACCCAACCCCUCCUCUCAAUGCCAAACAGGACGGUUGCCUUAAAGUUGUGUGUGGUUGUGGUGCCAGGCAUGGCCCCCCUCCCCCCCUGCGCCCCCGGGCAGGCUGCCAGUUCCUGGGCCCCCAUUUGUGCUCCCAGCCUGCGGCCAAGGCUGCUGGGGGUGGCAGCACGUCCUGUGGCUCAGACUGUUAACUCAGAAGCCGGCGUGUCCCACGGGGGAGGGCUCCUGGGCGGUGGGGGCCCUGCUCCUGGGACAGCACAGUGGGGAGCAGGCUCCUGGCUGGCUGUGUGGGGGGGCAAGAAUGCCUAGUGCCCCUUGGCAGGGGGAUGCAUUGCAGCAGGGCCUGCUGUGUUCCCUGGGCAUGGGCACCGCUGGCCCCAGUGCCCUAAGAGCAUCCGUCCCUGUGCUGUGGAGGGGGCAGGUGGGGCUGUCCCUCCAGGCUACCGGGGCCAGAGUAGCUGGCUCAUGCCAACAGAGCAGUCCCCCAUGCUGGCUUGGGGGGCAUCUGCACAGGCCUCCCUAGGGCUUCCCUUGGCACCUGUCCUCAGGCUGCCAUAAUACUGCCAAGGCUGCCCGCAUGCAGCGGGGUGGGGGGCUCCAAGCCCCACUGAGAAUCAUUCCUCUCUUAAGAGGGGGAGAGAUGUAGCUCUAUCCUCCCCUCCCUAUUGCAGAGCUGCUGGCUGCAAGUGUCCCCCAGCAACUAGGGAGCCACUCCUGGCUCUAGACUGAGGGAGGCUGGGCUGGGAAGGUCUUUUUAACCCCCCUUUUUUUUUUUCUCCUGUUGUUUUUAAUAAACAUUACAAAAAAACCCCCACAAA